CACAAAGCAGCGGAGCAGCGGGUUGCGGGCUGUUGUCUGUAGCUCGUCCUGUAAUUAUCUCCAUCAGUAGUAGAUCUCCAGGGGAUCUCACGUCCGCUGCUAAGCUUGAAUCUCACAACACUCCACCUCCAUUUUCCUUCUGCCCAGCUUGAAAGAUGAACUUCAAGAACUUAAGGGAGUACCUGUCCUGGCUGUACUACCAGUACCUGCUCAUCACUGGCAUCUAUGUCCUGGAGCCCUGGGAAAAGUCCAUCUUCAACUCCAUCCUCUUCUCCGCCAUCGCCAUGGUGAUCUACACCUCGUAUGUCUUUGUGCCCAUCCACGUGCGCCUCGCACUGGAGUUUUUCUCUAAGAUCUUUGGCGGCCAGCCUGAGAGCACCAUGGCACUCAUGAACUAAAAGAUGGAGAGAAUAUGGAGGAAAAAGAGGCAGCAACUGGACGGAUUAGCACCUCAGAUAAUCAACACUGAAAAUAUGAAGAUCUUAAUGAAAUGAUCUGGAAAUCAGAGCCUUACUAUCUUCUUUACAUCCCAAGCCCUCUGGUGUUACCCCAUGGUAUUAGACACACAACUCUGCAUUACUUUCACCCCCUCGCUGUGAAACGUCUUGUGAAAUGUUGAUUGUCCUAUUUGUUUUUGUCUUUCUCACCAUAUGUCCUUGCGUGAGUGCAUACCACCUCUGGGUUUUGCAUGAUAGGGUUAUACAUGGGUAGUACAUAGUACUCGUCUCACUACAAAAUACUAGACUCUCUUCUUUCCAUCAUGACUUUUAUGCUACAGUCCUUAAAGGGGCCUUCCGGCGAUUUAGUAUGUCACUUCCAUAAAAAAAACCUGUUAGAGACAGAUUCAAAACCCCAAGCCAUUUACUAUGUAGUGUACUAAAUUCUCUGUCGUUUUAUAGUGUCUAAAUUUGGAGUGUGACAUUUAUGCAGCGUUUAGUGCCCACAAACGUGCCAACAAUAGAGCAAAAAGUGCUGUGUUCUAGGACACUAUUUUCUGCAAUAAAUCCCAUAUAGCAAUCAUUGCAUUUUAUAGACGCAAAAUGAUUCAUAAGUGUCUGAAUUCUAAAUUUACUACUGGAGUAGUGAACAAGUAAACGAGGGAGUGCAUGGUUCAUACACAGCCUUAGGAAAGCUCCUUUCAGAGUUCCCCUUUAACUGUGUUUAUCUGCUGCAUGUUCAACGCCAUGUUAUCACCGAUUGGGAAUUGCUCUCUGAUAAAACAGGAGUUAGAACUCAUUCCAAGAUGUUUUGACAUGUUACUGGUUGAUCUAUGGUUUUGUAUCAGAACCAUUAUCACCUUUUUAGUUGCCUGCAUGCACUGGAAUACUAACUGACAGGGUACAUUGCACAUUUUCAAUAGCUGAUCUUUCAAGAGAGAGUAGAUAGAAAGGCCCAAGCUGUGCAAUGAAUCUAAAAGCGUCACAAUCUGUUACACAGCUGUGGAAUUUACAGAUUUACUGGUCUGUGAGUAAUAAAACAAAAAUAAUGGCAUAGAUCUUUCCCCCCCCCCCCCCCGUUGUAAACUGUUGGUAUGUCAGGAAGGUGUGCUCGAAGGUGUACACCGAAUGAGCAAAUAUUGAUACAACACACCUUUGCAUUUUAGGCUUGGCUUUGUUAAUGAUGUAGCUUUAUGUAACCAACAGCUUCUCAACUCAAAUCAGAACUGUUUGCUGUCACAUGCAAAAU